CAUGUCAACGACUGGUGAAACUACGGCGGCUACAGCGCCAAGAAAAAAGCGAUACAAAUUUCAAACGAAUGCGCAAAAAGAAAAGGAUGCUGAUGAUGAUGUAAAUGAUAAUGGAUUGUUCGCGAUUAAAAUGCGCCUCAACACAAUUUUACGACCAGAGUUCAAUCACAUUGUCAAACCGUGGAUCGAACAGAAAAGCAUAAUGUCAACGAAAAUCACCGUUUUGGCAUCAUUACUUUUCUUGGAUAAAGUGAAAUCGGCACAAAUGAAUCGACAGUGGGAGUUUUUUAAAAACCGAACGUAUCCGGCCAAAAAAGGAAAGAAGAAAGGACAGCUCGUUGAAAAGAAUCGUGGCGAGGAAGUGAUAGAGCAAUGUUUCUAUGCCGUCUUGCAAAAAAACAAAGAAGGUGAGAAUAUGGAGCCACAUUUCCGUCAGUUUGUCGAAGAGCUCAGUCCAGAAAAUAAUUUCGCCUGGCCCAAGAACGAUUAUUUUGGUAAUCAUUUUAAAACGCUGUGCCAAAAUCACACGCGAUGCUUGAAAACCGGUCAAACGACACACUGCAAGAAGAAGUUGAAAAACUAUCUGCGAAUGCGAGCGUGGCAAUUCAACGCAGUGUCUACCGGUUGGAAAUUCGACAAGAAGGACAUUGACAAUGCAGUCGAUUUGAUGAUUCGAGGCUACAAUGCGAUCCGUGACACUCAUCAAAAUGCAGAUUUCAAACGACACAAGCGAACAUUACUUACUGGCAUGGUUACUGCAAUUGUGCGAGAAGUUGGUGGCCCAACCAAUGAUCACAACAUCAAGGAUUUUUCAAAAGGCGAUUAUUGGUUCAAAGCAACUGCAAUGUGGCUCGUUAUGCAGACAGAAAUCGAUGAGUGGCACAAUUGGGCGCAAGAUAACAAUGUGAAGAUACCAAAUAUCAAAAAUCUCUCGGUUGUUCCAUUGCCUGAUUAUCAACGAAAGGCAGUGUUCAUGUGCAAUGAUGUCUUCUAUCGAAUGCUGGCCGAAUCGAAACAACUUCCACAAGUUGAUGGUAGACAAGCAACCGAAAGUUACAUUCGCCAGAACAAAGAAUUCUAUUGGAAUCAAGUAUUCGAUUUAACGACCAUCAAUCGAAAACUGAAGAAAAACAAAGAAUUCCAUUAUACCAUCGUCAGCAACGGUGAAUCUGUGUCGAUUAUGUAUCGCAUGUCAAAGCAAUACGAGCAACAGAUGCAGAAUGAUGAUAUUCUUCGAAAGCAAUUCAUCGGCGGAAAAUUUGCUUACGAACUGGGAAUCGAUCCAGGCAUGAAAACAUGGAAUGCCACAGUUCGUCGAAAUAUCGAAACAAAGAAAGAAGUCAACAUGAAAACGUCCAGUAAGAAGUACCAUUGGCUGGCAAAGCAGAAGACGCGCGAUGUAAAGGCAAAACGAUGGACGAAGCAGUUCACCCAAGAGGAGCAGGACGAUCGAAAUAAUCGACAAUUGUAUCAGCGAAUGCCAUCACCACUGGGCAUACUCUGGAUUGAUUACGUUCAUCAUCGUAUCAAAAUGCUCAAGAAAGGAAUGGCCGUGUAUACAACACCGAAAUACACGCUGUU